GUUGCGCGGCCGACGGCAUCUCCGGCCUCUCAUGCGCGCUGCUCUAGGCCGGGAGGUGGCAGGAGCUGUCUGAGUCUCGCGUCCCGGAUCCGGCUCCAUCCGCCUCGGGCCCGCCGCCGCCAUGCCGCCCAAGUUCGACCCCAACGAGAUCAAAGUCGUGUUCCUGAGGUGCACCGGCGGGGAGGUCGGCGCCACUUCCGCUCUGGCGCCUAAAAUCGGCCCGUUGGGUUUGUCUCCCAAAAAGGUUGGUGAUGACAUCGCCAAGGCAACAGGUGACUGGAAGGGGCUGAGGAUCACCGUGAAACUCACUAUCCAGAACAGGCAAGCUCAGAUCGAGGUUGUCCCUUCUGCCUCUGCCCUGAUCAUCAAAGCCCUCAAGGAGCCUCCUCGUGACAGGAAGAAGCAGAAGAACAUUAAACACAGUGGCAGUGUCAGCUUUGAUGAGAUAGUAAACAUUGCACGCCAGAUGAGGCACAGGUCCUUGGCCCGGGAGCUCUCUGGAACUAUUAAGGAGAUUCUAGGAACUGCUCAGUCUGUUGGCUGCAAUAUUGAUGGCAGGCAUCCUCAUGAUGUCAUUGAUGACAUCAACAGUGGCACAAUAGAAUGCCCAGCUAGCUAAGACAGAAACCAAGAACUCUCAACAUGAAAGCUGAUUAAGAUUUUUUGUGACAAUUGGGAAACCUCAAUAAAACCUGCAUUGAGUGAGA